AUGGUUCAACCUGGUAGCAAGGUCGGCUUAUCUUUUGUUCAUGCGAGUUCUUUCAAAGUAGUUCGUCGCCAGUUAUGGUUGGAGUUGGAAUCGCAGGUUUCAUCUGCGAUCCCAUGGUCUGUUCUUGAAGAUUUUAAUGCAACCUUGCUCUCCAAUGAAAAACGGGGGCCAGGAACCUUUAAUCUUGGCUCUGCUGCGGAGUUCCAGGCAAUGAUAGAUGCUUGUUUGUUAUUACCAAUUUCAUCUACUACAAAAAAAUUUACCUGGACAAACAAUAGGAGAAGAGGACAUGUGGCAACAGUGUUGGAUCGCAGCUUUUGUAAUGAAAAAUGGGUAGAUUUUUUCAGAAAUGUUAUGCAGCUUGUCUUGUUGAGUUCGGUAUCAGAUCAUGCUCUGUUGCUUGUAAUUUCUGAUAUUGUCUCAAAGCCGAAUAACAUUUCAUUCAGAUUUCAUGGAUUUUGGAUGGAAAAUGAAAAUUUUCUUCCAGUGGUUGAUGAGGCGUGGAAGAUGCAGAUAAAAGGUGACCCUAUAUAUGUUUUAUCUGAAAAGCUGAAGAAAGUAAAGGGGGUGUUAAAGGUAUGGGCUCAUGAUUCCUUUCCAAAUAUUAAUAUGGAGUUAGAGCAAGCAACGAAGGUUUUAAAAUCGAUCCAAGACUCAAUUGAAGAAUCAGGUAUGUCUGAUGAUCUUUUCAAUAAAGAGGCUGAUGCUAAAACGGCCUUGUUGAUUGCUAGUCGUAGACACGAGGCUCUUUGGGCUGAGAAGGCGAAACUGAGAUGGGUGAAAAAUGGGGACUGCAACUCCAAGCUUUUUCAUCUCUCUGUGAAGAUGAGGAGGGCGAGAAAUCAAAUUUCUGCUUUAAAGAGGGAGGAUGGGCUUAUGCCUCUUUUUCCGCGAUUGGUCUCAGAUGAGCAGGGUGCAUUCCAGAAGGGUAAGAUUAUUUCUUCCAAUAUUAGUCUGGCCUCGGAGCUGGCAAAUCUUAUGCAUUCCGCUGUGAGGGGUGGAGGCAUGGGAUUGAAAUUGGACGUGCAGAAGGCAUAUGACUCCUUAUCAUGGAAAUUCAUUUUUGCCUCAUUAGUAAAGUUUGGUUUCUCAGACAAAUGGAUCUCUUGGAUCCAGCUUCUUUUAAGCUCUUCCAAGUUAUCUGUUUUAGUGAAUGGAGGGCCAAGGUUUGAAGUUGCAAGUAAGGGAUGGGAAGCUGAAGUCUCUCCCGGGACCUCAAGAGAUCUAACACUGAUUAGAAGCAGCUGCAACAGCACUCGCAAUCUCAUCUCGAGACGGUUCUUGGUAUCAUCGGAUUCAUGUUCGUGGUUGGGAUCGAGUAGCCAUGGCAUCUCAACCACCACAAGCGCUAAUUUCUCAGAGAAAAUCGAUGCAAGCGAAUACCAUUUGAACGGGGGACCUUCUUUCAUGCGUGGAACUGUGUUCUGGGAUCCUAGCAAACCUCUCACCAUUGAAGAAUUUCAGAUGCCUCGCCCCAAAGCUGGUGAAGUUCUCAUCAAAACCAAAGCCUGCGGAGUAUGUCACUCUGAUCUUCAUGUCAUUAAGGGUGAACUUCCAUUUGCAAGCCCUUCUGUUGUGGGCCACGAAAUAACUGGAGAAGUAGUUGAACACGGUCUACAUUCAGACGGUGAAAUUAAAAGGAGGUUUCCUGUUGGAGCUCAUGUAGUAGGAGCCUUCAUAAUGCCCUGUGGUAGCUGUUCCUAUUGUGUGAAGGGUCAAGAAGAUUUAUGCGAAGCUUUCUUUGCCUACAAUCGCGCAAAAGGAGUACUCUAUGAUGGCGAAACCCGGUUAUUCCUCCGCAACAAUGGAAAACCAGUGUACAUGUAUAGUAUGGGAGGACUUGCAGAAUACUGUGUUGUUCCAGCGCAUGCAUUAACAGUUCUUCCAAACUCAUUGCCAUAUUCAGAGUCGGCUAUUUUGGGUUGUGCAGUUUUCACUGCCUAUGGGGCUAUGAGACAUGCGGCUGAGUUGCAUGCAGGGGACUCAAUUGCUGUGAUUGGCGUUGGAGGUGUUGGUUCAAGUUGUUUGCAGAUAGCAAGGGCAUUUGGUGCUUCUGAGAUAAUUGCUGUUGAUGUUCAAGAUGAAAAACUUGAUAAUGCAAAGAAGCUAGGAGCAACUCACACUGUAAAUGCAGCCAAGGAAGAUGCUGUUGAUAAGAUAAAGGAAAUAACCGGAGGAAAGGGCGUGGAUGUUGCUGUGGAGGCACUUGGGAGACCACAAACUUUUGUGCAGUGCUCACAAAGUGUACGAGAUGGGGGAAAAGCUGUUAUGAUUGGACUUGCACCUGCCAAUUCUAUUGGAGAGGUGGAUAUAAACCGUCUUGUUCGCAGACAGGUAAAGAUUAUUGGCUCGUAUGGAGGCAGAGCAAGGCAAGAUCUACCAAAGUUGGUUAAACUUGCAGAGACAGGUAUCUUCAAUCUCAAUGCAGCUGUUUCAAGAAAAUGCACAUUUGAGGAGGCAGCCAAAGCAUACCAAGAUCUUGACAAGGGAUGUAUAGUAGGCCGAGCUGUUGUUGAGAUAAUGUAGAUUGUAAUCUCUCCAUGUGUUUUGCAAUUUCAUGCCAGUUUUUGAGUUUUCAGUACAAGAUCUGUAAGAUCACUGGAAGAAUAAGUAACUGAUAUAUCUCUUUCCGCAAUUGCCGGGUUAACCUUAA